AUGACCACCUCCAACCCACAACCUCACCCUUACAACCCCGGCACCACCCUCCACCUCCACACUCAUGUCCUACCCCGCCCUUUCGGCACCAUACACGCCUGCUUCUACGGUGAGCCCAAAAAGUUCUAUAACAAAUACAACGGCUUCAACAACUUUCCCGGCUGCCGGGAUCAGAUGUUGAAUUUCGUACUGGAUAACCGCCCCGUCAAAACCACCCCCAUAUCCCUCGACAUCAUCCCAUUCACCAUCACCAAAACCGUCAUCGGCCCCAAGCCUUCGACCUUGACAACUACCGCCAGGAAGAAGAGGAAUAAAAAAGAGAGGGAAGUUCUUCAAAACAGUAAUAGUGACAGUAUAAAGAGAGUUAAAAAAAAAAGACAAAACACAGAGGGCAACGGCCCUGCUUACAAAAAAAACUCAAACAUAUUGUUCAUCAAAAAUCUCAGUUUUCCAUUCCAUUGUCUGUCUGCUCAUGAACCCCCAAUUUUUAUCUACCAUAAAUUUUGUGUAACCAAGCAAAAGACAAAUCCUCCAAAAGCCCACCCUCCAACGCAGAAACAAUGGUAUCACCUGCAAAGAAGAGGGCCAUACAUGCAUGCUAUAUACAACCAAAAACCAAACCCAGUCUUCUUUACAAGACCAGGUAUCUCAAGCCUCAAUCUGGCUCUUAACCCACUUCUCCAACCCUCCCCUCGCAAUGAUCUCCUGCACAUUUGGCGGGAGCUCACCCACCUUCUGGCUCCACUGCUGGCCACCCUCACCCUCGGUGACAGUGACCUUGCUCCUCCUCACAUCCCACACCAACUUCCAGCCCGUCCUCCGGGUAAGCACCUUGUUACCCUCACCAUCAGCCUUGAAAGUCUCCCUCAACCUCUGCACCAGCCUUGGUACCUCAACGCCCAUCAGCGCAUUGUUGAUGCUGUUCCUGCUAAAAAUGUUACCAAAGCUGCCUGA